AUGGAGAAGGACGAACUUAAGAAACUGAAUCAUCUCUCUCUCGUCUCCAAUGUGUGUAACGAAUUGGAAACGCAUCUAGGGGCUACGGAAAAAGUUUUGGCCGAAUUCAUCAUCGACCUUGGCCGCAACUCCGAGACUGUCGAUGAAUUCGAUAAGAAGCUGAAGAAGGAAGGCGCGGAGAUGCCGGAUUAUUUCGUCCGCUCGCUGUUAACUGUAAUCCACGGGAUUUACCCUCCGAAGCCCAAGUCGGAGAGGAAGAAGGACGACGGAGAGGAUCGAGGUAAUGAGAAAUACAAAGGCUUGGCUAUUAAGGAUACUAAGGAUAAAGUGAAGGAGCUUGAGAAGGAGAUUGAAUUGGAAGCUCGGGAGCGACAGAGAGAAGAGGAUCGGAAUAGAGAUAGAGACCGAGGUCGGGAUCGGAGAGAUUCCGGAAGUAGAUGA